UAAUGUGACUCUAAGGACAAGUCGAGGUGAGGCGGAGCACUACACGAAACCUACACCAAAAUAUCCAUUCUUUUGGCUUUCUUGACUCUUAGCACUUCAUCUUUAAUAAGAUUUGCUGCUUAUGCGAGUGCUUAAUAGUCAAACAUUUUUCGACAUCCUUGGUUGGACAAGAUACGAGUGACUACAUGUUCAAACGCAUUCGCGUUACAGCUCAGACCAUCAUUUGCUUUCGUAACUUCGACUCUGUCGGGGAAAGUGACGCCGGUGCGGGACAUCGUCUCAUCGCGCGAGAGCACGGCAGCUUCACUGCAGCGGGACAGGUGCAUGCACGCAGACUCCAUCAAUCGCACACAUGCCCGAACUGAGCUCGGAGUGAAUGGAUGUACAUACAAUGAUACACGCGCGUGUGAGCGGAGAAAACUGAAAUAAUCCAUCAGCUUCCCUCAUGAGGUGCGCAGUUAUGGUUCAUAAGGGGCUGAUCUUGUUGAUGCUGUUGGUACAGUUCUCUUCAGAGAGCGCUGCUACAGGAGGCAAACCCAAAAAAGGGAAAAAGGGCAAACAAGUCAUCUGUCCCUCUCAGUUAUCAGCAGAAGAUCUUGACAGAGUCCCGGCCAACUCCACCAGCAACAUUCUGAACCGCCUUCUGCUGACUUAUGAUUCACGAAUACGACCAAACUUUAAAGGAAUCCCGGUGGAAGAUAAGGUGAACAUCUUCAUCAACAGCUUUGGCUCAAUCCAGGAGACCACAAUGGAUUACCGUGUGAAUAUAUUCCUGCGACAGCGCUGGAACGACCCUCGACUGCGGUUACCGGCAGAUUUUAAAUCUGAUUCAUUGACUGUUGAUCCGAAAAUGUUCCAGUGCCUUUGGAAGCCAGAUCUGUUUUUCGCCAAUGAAAAAAAUGCAAAUUUCCACGACGUUACCCAGGAAAACAUACUGCUCUUCAUCUUCCGUAAUGGAGACGUCCUCAUCAGCAUGAGAUUGUCUGUUACUUUGUCUUGUCCUCUGGAUUUAACACUCUUUCCUAUGGAUACCCAACUCUGCAAGAUGCAGUUAGAGAGCUUUGGGUACACCACAAAGGACCUGGUGUUUAUGUGGCAGUCUGGGGACCCCGUUCAGAUGGACAAUAUUGCUUUGCCACUUUUUAAUGUGAAACAGGAGGACAUUAAAUACGGAAACUGCACAAAGUUCUACCCGGGAACAGGUUAUUACACAUGUGUCGAGGUCAUCUUUACUCUCAGGAGACAGGUGGGCUUUUACAUGAUGGGUGUCUACGCUCCCACACUGCUCCUUGUCGUGCUGUCAUGGCUGUCCUUUUGGAUCAACCCUGACGCCAGCGCGGCCCGUGUGCCCUUAGGUAUUUUAUCUGUUCUGUCGCUCUCAUCUGAGAGUAUGUCUUUAGCAUCUGAGCUUCCUAAGGUUUCCUACGUGAAGGCUAUUGAUAUCUGGAUGAUUGCCUGUUUGCUCUAUGGUUUUGCCUCACUUGUGGAGUAUGCUGUUGUCCAGGUGAUGUUGAACAGCCCUAGGCGAAUUGAAGAAGAGAAAAUAAAAAUGGCAGAGAAAGAAAAAGCAAGAGAACUAAAAGAGAACAAGAUACCCUCUAAAACAAACAGUGUCAAUGGAACUGGAGGGACCCCGAUACAUGUCAGCACACUACAGGUUGUAGAGAACCGCUGUAAGAAGGUGUGCACUUCUAAGUCCGACCUGCGCUCAAACGAUUUCAGCAUUGUCGGUUCUCUCCCACGCGAUUUCGAACUCUCCAACUUCGACUGUUACGGCAAACCCAUCGUAGUCAUGAAUGCUGGUGGCAAAUCGCUAAACAAGAACAACAAGAAGCCAUCACCUCCAAAACCUGUGAUACCUUCAGCGGCUAAAUGUAUUGACCUUUAUGCAAGAGCUCUGUUCCCUUUCACUUUCCUCUUCUUCAAUGUUAUUUACUGGUCUGUUUACCUGUGAACAUGAAUCACAAAAAGUGUAUUAAUGUGUGUCUGUGUGCUUGUAUGUUAAUGAGGGAACGUAUAAUGAUCAAGCAUGAACAAAGUGUAAUAUCCUCAUCUUUCACAUUCUCUGGUGUCUUGUUUGGACCAGUUAAAUAGUAAACUGGUUAAAAACGCUAAUUUGUAUUUCACUUCCUUAUAAGUAGUUUUUUGAAGUGUGUAGCUUUAAUAAUAUGAGAAAGCAUGACUUUAAAGGUGGCGUGUGUUUCGCCAUGGUAGAUACAUAUCCAUCCCAUGAUGCCCCAUGCCAACACAUGCCUAAAUGUGAAUUGUUUAUAAACUCAGGCAACAAUGUGUCAUGUGCUUAUGGAUUUAAAUACUGUAUCAGAUCUGGACACAGUCUGGUGUGUAUUUAGAAUUCAUAAUAGUUUUGUUUCUCUGUAAUGAGAAGAGGAUGUUACAGCUAUAAUAGAGCCAUAUAAUAAAGAUCCUUCAGAA